AUGGGAAAAUCCUCCAAGGACAAGCGCGACGCCUACUACCGCCUCGCCAAGGAGCAGGGCUGGCGUGCACGCAGCGCCUUCAAGCUGCUGCAGCUGGACGAGGAGUUCGACCUCUUCGCCAACGUCACCAGAGUUGUUGACCUGUGCGCCGCCCCCGGGAGUUGGUCUCAGGUGCUGUCCCGCGUCCUCAUCAAGGGGGAGAAGUUCGGCCGCUCGGCAUGGCAGGACCGCGAGGCCAAGUUCCGCCAGGAGAUGCUCGGCGUCUUCCCCGCCACCGCCGGAUCCGCCGCCGCCGCAUCUGAGGCUAAGCAUCAGACGGACGAGGCCGCGGACGAAGCUCAACCCCGCAAGGACGUCAAGAUCGUGUCCAUCGACCUGCAGCCCAUCAGCCCUCUCCCGGGCAUCAUCACGCUGCGGGCCGACAUCACGCACCCCGCCACUGUGCCGCUGCUGCUCAAGGCCCUCGACCCCGACUACGACGCCAACUCUAACAGCAAGCAGGCGACCGACCGCGUCGACCUGGUCAUCAGCGACGGCGCUCCCGACGUCACCGGUCUCCACGACCUGGACAUCUACGUCCAGUCUCAGCUGCUCUUCGCCGCGCUUAACCUCGCCCUCUGCGUGCUCAAGCCGGGCGGCAAAUUCGUCGCCAAGAUCUUUCGAGGCCGCAACGUCGACCUCCUCUACGCCCAGCUCAAGAUCUUCUUCGAGACCGUCAUCGUCGCGAAGCCGAGGUCGUCACGCGCGAGCAGUGUCGAGGCCUUCAUCGUGUGCAUCAACUUCCAGCCCCCCGCCGGCUUCCAGGCCAGCCUCGAGAACCCGCUGGGCGUCGGUCACCAGCUGCCCGAGAUGGUGGAAGAGCGCAGGAGCCAGCUGCCUGUCAUCGCCGAUGCGCUGAUGCAGGACCCCGCCACGGGCAAGUGGAAUGCUGCUCCUACCGCGACGGCCAGCAGGGGCGAUGGACAGAUCGUAGAGGUGGAGGCGUACGACGAAACGGACGAGACGACGGAUCACGAGAAGAACAUUAGAUGGAUCGCUCCCUUCAUUGCUUGCGGCGAUCUGUCGGCCUUCGACUCCGAUGCCUCCUAUCAACUGCCCGAGGACCACGUCUCUCUCGACCCCGUGCAGCCCCCGACUGCACCUCCCUACAAGCGCGCCAUCGCACUGAGAAAGGCCGCCGGCGGAGCGUACGGUAAGACCUCUGUCAAGGUGUAA